GACGAUAUUUGGAAACAAAACUCAAAUUUUACAUCUCACGUCGUUUGCACGUGGUUGACAUUUGAAUAAGUUUUGUACAGUUUGUGCUAGAAAGAUUCGGUGUAGUUUCACCAUGCAGUCACCUGAGAAACGAAAAAACCCAUCAGAUGUUGAGGACGAAGAAAAUGAACCAGAAAUGGAAAGUGAAAAUCCGGAAACGUCUGAACAAAAUGUUACCAAAGCAGGUGUCAAGAAACGUAAACGGGAUUUAGCGUGGUCGUUUAUGGAGGGUUUGGCAGGCCCAGAACCAUUUGAAGCUCUCAAGAGUUUCAUUGCUUCAGCGGAAGCAUUCAAAGCCAAGGAACACGGAGCUGUUGAUAUUGUCAAGGAUUUCUUUCAGAAUGGUGGGACUGGCAGGGAGUUUCUGCCACUUUUGGACUUGCCCAAAUUUAAAACAAAUGAAGUCACAAUAGUUUUUAACAGUCUCGAAAUUCUCUUUCAAAGAAUGGCGAGUGACCUAACCGAAUAUCGUGAUUUGGGCGCAAAUAUAGCGAGCAGCAUUCUCAAAUCACACAUGGAUACAAUCUAUAGGACAAUGCUACCUUCUUCAACUGCCACACAAAUUAAAUCGGCGCUCAGGCUUCUUACCACAAUGGUUACCCUCGGUCACCUGACAGCCCGCGCAGUGAUCACUCGUGUAGACUUUGCUCACGAAAACCUUGUAGAAGCUAGUCAACGUAAAUCGCUACAUGACUUGCCAGACGUGCGCUCCACUUUUGUCAUGUUCAUCACUUCUUUCUUGUUGGAAGAAGAUUCAAUGCUAUUGCGUACGAUUAGCGAAAAUCCAGCUAUUCUCUGGCCUGUCUUUUUCCACCUCCGUACUGACACCAUCGGUGUAGUACAGCUUUUUCUGGAAGCUCUCCGCGACAAAGUUGUGAUGAACCCGAUGCUCAGCAAAACGCUUAAAUUUCACAUUUUCAAAUCAAGCCAUUUAGUACAGUUGAUGCGUCUUUUCCACUGGAUCGGACCACAAAAGCCAAAAAGAAUUGGUAAGGAAGACAGCGCUGAAGAGCCUCCUCUCGAUGAAGCUUUGGAGGAGGACAAAGUUACGGUAGCAGAACUUCUUCAAAGUCUCUUGCUUUCCCUCACGACUUCACACAAAUACGGAAUAGCUUUUCCUGAUUACAAUCUCGGUGUUGAUUCCACAACGAAGAACAGCCUGAUCCUUGAAAUGUUACAGAAUUUGUUCAACUUCUGGGGUGGAACUACGCCGCGUAUUGUCGAAAUCCAGUCGCAGCUUGUCGUCAAGACGAUAGAAAAAUGUCCAGAUUUGUUGGAUUGCUAUUUUCGAAGUUUGGCACCAGAAAUUGACCUUAUCCGAAUGUCAGUUCCAUGGCUGAAGCUGUGCAGCGUCGUGAAGCAAAUCAUUCAAGCCCAGAAUUUGACAAUGGUAUUCAAUCCAAAAGAAAAACACACUGUAGCUCAACAGAUGCUACGUGCAGCCACCUUGGUUGGUCCACUUUCCCUUCCGCGAAAUUUUUUCACGAAAGGUUUGCUCAUAGAGCAUUCCGGCAUCAGAAUGAACGUCGGCGAGAUUCUUCAGGUCAUAUUUACCAAAGUCAACGAAUUCCAUGAUAUUUUAAUGAAGAACCCAAAAGCAAAUAUGUAUUCGGAAACUGAAAAGAAGGAAAUCUUUUUAGCCUUUAAGAAGAAAAUCUCGUGGCAAGUACCGCAGACGUCAAAAUUGAUUAUAAUCUGCCGUGAAAUGCCCACCUUCAAAAAUCAAGUGUGGUACGGAAAAUGUUGGCUAGUUAUUUUAGAUCUAUUGGUAAACUAUGCAAAAUUCGGAUGGAUACCAGUAGAGGAACAAAUCAAUUUGCCGGCAACGGAAAUGGCCGAAGCUGUAAUGGAAUGUGAUAACGAUUUUUCUAUCAAUGAAGAUCUUUUGCAAAACCUGAAAUUGGCUAUAUUUACCCUUAUCUCUUCGUUAUCACAUCUUCCAAAAAUGAAUGAAGAGCAACAAAAGCUUUUGGUUUCCCAACUAUCAUCGUGCCUGAAAAAAAACAUCAGGCCCGAAUUACGAUUGUGUGUUGGCUCACUGCUGCUCAAACUAGCCAAUCAGCCAGAGGUGCCACAUGUACACCUGUCCUCAACCGAGUUAAAUAUCUGGACAUCUAUGCUAGAAAGGCAUCCUGAAACCACUGAAUUUUUCGCUAAAGUCUUUUCAUCUUUCUUGACGUCAUCCGAAUCGUAUACCGAAGAGUAUGAAUCCAUUUUCGGUCCUCUGAAGACUGAAAAACAAGAACAGCCAUGCAGCCAACUUCUCCUGGUGGCUUCGAAAUGCAUUAAGCAAAUAGACGGUGAUCAGGAACCCAUCGCCUCUUAUAUCACGGCAGUAAUGUGCAAUCUAGUACUUAGCCAAAAUGGUGAUCCGAAAGCCUUCGCAAACGUACUGUCAAAAGCCGUACCCAAGAGCCUAUCUUCGAGACCAGCACUAAACAGUUUUCUAAAAUCGUGGACUAAGAAGAAGCCACCGGCUGACAUAUCGACAGUUGAGCUGGAUCCCACGUCCGUAAUGCUCUACAACUGCUGCUUUCCGAAUGAAUUGGAUUGGACUACAUUAAAGAUGGAAUGGGAAAGCGAAAUUGCUGCCAAGAGAAAUCGAUUAGACAUUGUCGAAGUAGCUUUCUAUCAAUGUCUUACCUGCCUCUCGUUAUCUACUGCGCGGAAGGCGGCUCAGUUGAACAUUUUAAGCCUCUUACGCAUCCUUGUCGACGGUGAAGUCGAUGAAUCGGGCUAUCCACUUCACGUCAAGUUGCUCGAAGAUUCUCGCACUUUACAGUGGUUCGACCUGAUGAACACACGUGAUUCGUACAUUGUGGAUUUCAAUUCGCUCGUCCAAGACUCGUUGAAGCUUGUCCAAGAUCAUCGUUUAGAUCAGCUCUACCAGCGUAAAUUGAACGAUUCGAUCGCCUCUGUUAUCCAAGGCGAAGGUUCCCUUGAAGAAAUCGACGAAGACAAGCUACUGCACUCAUUAUCUGAAUUAAAGAUUAACGAAAUUGAGCCACAAAUUCAAUCGCUUGUUCAUCGGUUAACGUCCACAGCCGACGACGUUUGCCUGCGUUAUCUGAAUGUUUUUCUUCAGUUAGCUGGUAGACUGCGACUAGAAGGUGUAAUGCAACGGAUCUCGUGGUCAGUUUUUUCACAAGCCCUUCAGCUUUUUGUUUCCUUCGAGGCCACUCCAAUUUUGAAGAAAGGCAUCUACGAUGUUGCCAGCGUCUGCCCAGAAUUUCUCGAUGCAAUCGACGACUUCACGUCUGUUUUAAACGCUUGCCUCAAAUCCAAGUGGGAUUACACAUCCUUCUGCCUUCUUUUGGUUACUUCAUCGAGCCAAUUGUGCACUGCAUUCGGUCAGUGGUGUCUGGGACACAAAAAACGUUUAAAAGAUGUCAACUGGAGGUUGCAAAUCGUUCCAGCUUAUCUCGCGCAUGCUGCAGCCGACGACAAAGUUUUGGACAUGAUCCAUCGAUAUAUUUCUCCAGUACUGAAACAGCUGUUGGUCAAUCGCUCCGAUUUCCUUAAAGUAUGUGAAGAAAUUCCAAAAUUAACGGAAUUUCUCAGCUUCAUAAUACCGAAACGUUGGAAUGUGGAGGACUGCCAUGAAUUGGCCACACAACUGUUGGCAAACACCAAAAAAGGUUUCAGUUGUUCGCAGUUUGUUGAAGCCGGUAGGCAUGGCACCCAUUAUGAUCUUCAUGCCAAACUAUGUCUCCAUGCAACUGUUCGGCAGUUCAAAUCGGAGAACCCAGAACCAAGUGAAGUGCAGCGGCUCACCCAAGAAUUCGAUUGGCUAUCCAAACAGACACAAGCUGAUCUCCCUACCUUGGCCAAAUGCAUUGUUGAAGAUGAUGUUUGGGAUAAAUUCCUCAAGUAUACGCUGCGUAUCGGUCUUCGUGCUCUCACUAUUAGUGAAUCACCUCUACCACCUUUGGCCCUGGGACUCAUGACUAACGUUUGGCAUUUACUUUUGGCCGGCCAAGGAGAAGAAGUGGCGACAGCAUCACAAAAGGUCCAUGAGAUGGUUAUCAGCCAUUCGGAAUUUAUGACUGUUAUAAUGGACGAAAGGGAGACGUAUACUGAGCAAAAGAAAGCAGUUUUGCAACUCUUGACCGUAUUGAUACAAGUGAAUCCAAAAAUUUGUCAAGGCAGUCAAAUUCCUUUGCUGUUGUCCUCUUAUUACGCAACCAGAUCGACUUCCGAUCAACUUAUUUUAGGAUUGUUGCGGACCUACGAGAAAAAUGGCGUUGUACUGUCGCCUUUCAAGCCUUAUUUAUGGGGACCAGCGGCCGCUGCUCAUUAUUCAAUUCAAAGGGGUGUAGCAACUCGGGUUGCUAAAUUGCCAGAAGCUACUGAAGUGCUAGCUUUAUUGAAUAGCAAAAAGCUACUUCACACCGCCUAUAAUUUCCCCAUCGAACUCAGGCUCAAUGGCAUGGAAAUUACUCGAGAAAGUGAAGACUACGAUCCGCGUUUCACUCUUUUGUCAUUAGUUCACAUUCUCUCAUCACAGUAUGACGUCCAGUGUAGCAGGUUCUCGCAAUCUGGAGCCAUAUCAUUACUUUUCGCUACUCUCAGCAGCCCAUGCAGUGAUAUGAGAUCGAUCGGUUGGCUCGGUCUGAGCCGCCUUUAUGACCAGCUUCAAAGUGCGACCGCUUGGCCGGAACGUUGCUUGUGGAUUCACCUUAUCAAUUGCGUCCGUUAUGGGUCUGCCGAGUACUUCAGAGAGCGAUUCAAUGGUGCUCGCCAGUUGCCUCCAAAACUUCCCAAUAUUAUUGCCCUGUUUCUUGCUAAAGCUGCGGCCAUCAUUCGCGAUCCAUCUCACCCCAUGUACCGUGCAAUCAACAACUUUCUGCUGGUAAAAUCUGCCAUGGAUGUAACGCAGGUUCCCGAAUUUUUCGUCAUGCUUCACAAUACUGAACUUCCCGAACAGAGAGCGAUUCAAAGAAGCUUCCUUUUCAAUCUUCUACGCGACGGCAUCAAGAGUCGACAAGACUAUUUAGUUUGCGCCAGAAGAAGAGUUUUCCGAAUCCUUCUGUCUCUGGAGCCGUCGAAGCUGUUGACCGACAAAUCCGAAAAGCGGCUCAUAUUGGAAAUCGUUCAAUCGUCGCUUCAAAACUCGAUCAUUGCUUACGACUUGAUCCAGCACCGUGGCUUAAUCAUGUGGCUGGACAGCCUGUUGCUAGCCGAUACCCUUGUGGACGAACCUGUUCAGAUGGUAUCGGUGGUUACGACAAUGUGGGACACUCUCUACAGCCACAUGCAGAAGAAAAGGACAUUGAAAGAGAAGGAUGACAAGGAAGCGAUGACAAAACUUGAAGAGGAAGUAGCGAUGAUGGAAGCAGAAGACGAAGGUGACAGUAAAACAAAUUCCACCUCGGGCAAACCAACUGGCGAUAACAAGACGCAGCCGACCAAAACCAAUAGCAGAAAACCGAUUUGGGAUCAACUUCCAAUGCAACACCACGUGAUACCCCCCUGGAUCAUGUGUGAACUGAUGCAGCUUUUGGUCAGUUUGUGGCAUGUAAUCUAUAAAGCUGAACCAAACCUCGACACUUUCAACAAAUAUGUUCGAGUUCUCUGCGCUGCCGCUUCGCAUAUUCACGAAUCCAGAAAACUGAUUCACGCAGCCCAGGACAAGGAUAUGAAGGCCGUCCGGUUUGUUACACCUCCUGGUAUGUUGACCGUCAAACUGAUGCGCCAGCUUGUUGAAGUAUCGUCCCGUUUCGUAAGCAAACUUCCCGAUCUUAAGGAUCAUUUGGCAAUUGUUGAAAGUUCAAAAGCACAAUCAUCAGUCGAUCCUAUAGAAUUAACGCGUAGUUGGGAAAGAAGACACAGCUACAUGCGAGAACUUAUGAACCAUGAAGAACCAAAUACUUUAACCAGAUAUGAUGUUCAUAUGUUACUUUCCUUAGCUGAAUGUGGAAUUUGAUUUUUAAAAUGACUUUUUUUUUGCAUACAACGAGAAACCCGU